CAUCGUGUAUUUUUGAUUUUUACGUACAUGUAUUUAUGAUUUCUUUGUCAUUUCAGGAAAUGACUGUUGUUUAUAUUUGAAACUUUUUCUCUAAAUAUUAGAAACAUAUUUUUCAAAGAGUAGUAUCUCAUUAUUCUAAUAUGGCUACCGAAGCUAGAAGCUUGGUUUUGCCGAUUGAAGAUAUGAAAACAUUGUUGAAUCAUAAUGUUCCAGUAGAAGAUAGAGCAACCUACCAACUGCAAUAUGAAGCAGAAGUUGCAUCGAAUAAUAUUGAUUUUCAGACAAAAUUUCAGUAUGCGUUUUGCCUUAUCCAUAGUUCUAAUCGCAACGAUAUAAAGAAAGGAGCACUUAUGUUUGAAGAAAUAUUCAAGGAAGGAAAUGAAGAAAUUAAAAGAGAUAGUUUGUUUUACUUGGCAGUUGCAGAAACAAAACAGAAGAAUUAUUGCUCUGCCCAAAAAUAUGCUAAAGCCUUUCUAAGUGUUGAACCUACAAACAUUCAAGCUCAACAAUUAGAUGUUUAUAUUCAAAAACAACUUAAAAAAGAUGGCCUCACUGGAAUGGCUUUGUUUGGAGCAGCUACUAUAUUUGGUGGGGCUGCAGCUAUUGUAGUCGGUAGUCUGGCUGUUGGAGCUGCUCUAGGAUAUUCUCUGGUGAAGAGAAAAGGUCAAUGAAACAAUUCAGUUCCUUUAUUUUUCUAUAUAAAAUCUUUGUGAAACAUUUAAAUGUUUUUUGUUUUUUUUAGUCUGCAUCUUAAACUCAUUUUUAUUCGUUUUUCUUUAGUCUACCUUACAUUUUUUGUAAAAGAUUUAUAAUGUUGUUGCUAAAGGCAAUGUAGCAGAAUUACAUUUGUCUUUGUUUUAAAUUUCAUGCCAGGUACAUGAGCAAGAUGUAUGUAAUCGUUUGUUUACUAAGCUUACAAUGUAAGCUUGAUAUGAAUUUUAAAAUCAAUGUUUCUUCUAUUUCCUGAUAUUACUGAUGGAAAUUUUGUUUGGAGAAGUGUUUAAAAAAAUCCAGUAACAAUACAUUUAGUGGUGCAUCCAAACAAAAUAACCAGGGAGGAGAGGGCGCACAAAGUAAGGUUUCUUAUAUAUUUAUUUAUUGACCUUCUAAGAAUAAAAUUUUAAAAGAACAGGAAAAUGAAACGUAGGAAAAAAAAUUUAAUGGACUUUAGUAAAUUUAUGUGUUUUAUUUCAAGCAUGCUUCUUUGCAAAUAUAUUUAGAAUCUUCAGAACAGCUUCAGUAUAACCGCCGGGUUGGCAACACUUUUUUUUUUUGCAACUUUUUCCUAUGAUAACUCGUCAAUUGUGUUGUCUUGUGUUUUGUUUUGCCUUUACAGGUUACAAGGAUUGUCCUAAAAUUUAACGCAUUAGCAUGGUUUGGUGUCACAAAAUGUUGCCAACCCGGGGAUCAUACAGAAGCUGUUCCGAAUCUUCCCAGGAUAAAUUUUGCAUAGUCUAAUGAAGGACCUUUCAACUGUGACAGUUGUGAUUUAGUGAAACAAAAUAAGAAUUCUUAAUUUACUCCUCAUAUUACGUAAACAUUGAAGAAAAUUCAAUAUUUUCCACUGGAUGAACUAACGGAAAUUUGUUUGUCUGAAGUUCUUUUCAUAAAAGUAACCAUCAAGAAACUACUUUAAUACUUGAAGGAUUUCUAAACAUUAUUGUAAAAAGUAGCCACCAGGUCAGUUUGCCCUACUAAGGUACACCCCUUCAUCGGUGUACUUAGGAGACUUUUCCCUCUUCUUACCACUGAAGCUGCUUAAGUUAACAAAAGAAUCAAUUGACGUUUUUAUGAGGUAAAUUACAUUCCUUCCAAAUAUUAAAAAAAGGCAAUUCAUUGCAUCUUUGAAUUAGAAAAUGCGGCUUACUCAAUCCACUUUGACUCAACCAGGAAUUAUUGAUGUGCGGCCAACAUUACUUAAUCCACUUUUGAUUGAAACAAGCAUUAUUAACAGGUUGGCAGCUGUUAUAUUGCUCUAGAAUGGGUAAAAUGUUGCUGAAGAGAUUGAUGCUUCAUUUAAUCCCCGCUAAUUUGAGUUGCAUGGAGAUGUGUCCUGGCCAACUAUGAUCUUCGUAAAAUUUCGAAUCUUUUGAUAUUUGGUUGUACCCUCCCUUCUUAUUUGUUCUCUACGAGAUUGCAUGACAUACAUACAUAACUAGAUAUCGUUGGAUUUUAAUAUCUGAAAUUUUGUUGAACUCUGUGAUAUGGGAUGAAAUUGUGUUGAGCAAAAAUUUGAUUGAUAUUAACUUUGUAUUAAAUAUAAAUUGUAUUCAUUUCUUUUUUUUAAUACAUUAUUUUAAAAACGCAUACAAAUGUUACUGUGAUUAAAAUUAAAAAUAUAAGUAGAGUAUUUAUAUGUUAUGAAAUUGUAUUAUAGUUAUGUCUGUUAAUCUUAUUUUAAAUUUAUAUGUUUAGAGUUUAAAAAAUAUCAUGUUUAUAUCAUUGUUUCAAAUUUUAAUAUGUUGUUAAAACCAGAGUUUUUUCUCUUUAUGACAGAAAGUUUACAAACUGUUGCUUGGAAAUAUUUUUGCAAUUCAUAUCUGUCAUUGUCUUGUGCUUU